AAAGUAAUAAUUUUUCAUUUGUGCCUGAUGGGAUUGCGUGUUGUUUUUUUUUUUCUAAACUGUUUGCAAAUCUUCAGUGUAAUGGUUUGAAACCCAGUCGUGUCAUUUCUUUACGCCCACACACAGAGCUGCAGUAGUGCAGACACUGUAGCAGGCAAACCAUAUUACCAGCAUCGGCCAUUAAAACUCUUCCUACACCAAGCGUGGGCUGACUUCACCCCCUUCUCUCUUUGCACACACCCCACCACCCACCCUUCAAUUUUCAAAUGCUUAAAAAAAAAAGAGAAGAGAAAGACUCUGAAAAAAGAAAACAGGAUGCCUCUUUUGUUUCAACGCUAUUCAGAGACCUGAACCUCUCCACCUGCCUGUGAACUGGCCACCUAAAGGUUGUUACUGUGACACCCAUGUGAAAAAAAGAAAGAAAAGAAAAAAACAACUUCCUACUUUUAAUCUGUUUCAAGUCUUUGUCCUCGUUUCUCUCUGCUUGCAUCACGUAUUGACAGAAAUUAGACUUCUUUUGCUGAAAUGCCUGGCUUGAUAAAAGAUCCAUGAGCAUAUGGGGGAUAACCCUUGCAAUGGAGGCCCAGCAGCAGCCGGGUUCUACAGCUGCACCAGCAGAUCGACCAGUUCCAACCUCUUCUCUUCAGCCUGCGCAGGGUUCUGCAGAUCUCAGCCAGGGCAGCGCGGUUCCUCAACGGGAACAAGCUCUAUCGCAGCCUCUGUAUCUCAAAGCCCUCACCAUCCCGCUGUAUCAGCCCAUCCAGGCAGGAUGCUUCCAGCCAAACAGUCAGCUGGUGACUGCCAGGAGCUGUGUAAAUCUGGACAGCAGCAACAUACCCCUGAUCCUGAACCCGCUUGUUCCUUCAGAAGGCACUGAUCAGUCCCAGUCCGUGUUUCAGAAACAACUUGGGCAAACUCUGACAUUGAACAUAGUGAGCACUUUACCAGUUUUAUCAUCACCACAUUCUUGUGUGAAUGCAUCUAUUGGAAGCCCAGGAAAAUCAAAAAAAGCUGGGAAAUAUAUCUGCAAACAUUGUGGGCGAGAUUGUUUGAAGCCAAGUGUCCUUGAGAAACAUAUUCGCUCUCACACAGGAGAGAGGCCCUUUCCAUGUACCACUUGUGGCAUUGCAUUUAAAACUCAAAGCAAUUUAUAUAAACACAGAAGAACUCAAACACAUGUCAACAAUACCAGACUGCCCUCAGACUCUGACAGCGGUGGCAUAUUAGAACAAAAUGAGAAAUCAACAGAGAGCAUCACCUCACAUCAAGGCAGCAAACUACUUAGUAGCACCUGCGAAGACAAGCAGAUACAGAUGAAACAAAGGAGUUCAGAGACCGGUGCUGUAACAGACACUAAGAAGCUUCUUAAUGACCUUUCACUGCCAGCAACCAGCGAUUCAUCAUUUGCUUCAGAAAAUCAAGAAACAACAAAUCAGGCGUUUAGUUCCGAGGCUAAUCAGGGGGUUCCUGAAAGAGAACCUCAAAGUUUAUCAUCUCCAGGUGCUUUGCCAAGUGGUCAGUGCCAGAGAAAGAAGAUACAGGAGCAAAGAACUCCAACUGCCAAUAAGCAUAUUCAGUUGCAAAGGCAGCAAGCAACCUCUUCAGAAAAGCAGUGGGAUUACAAGCCAUUUGACUGCAAGCUAAAGAAGUGUGAGAGCACUGACUCAGGGUAUCUGUCACGCUCUGAUAGCACAGAACAACAGAUGGCAUCAUCCAGCCCGCUGCACAGUCUCUAUGAGCACAGCACGGAGCUGGAAAACGAAACUGCCCUCAGCAGCUCCAGGUGUCCCUCCGGAAGCAGUGCAAAGCUAGACGCAGCUGAGAAAGCUACAGCCUUGAUGCUAGAGAAAAAGAGGCUGGAGGAACACAUCUCAAAUCUUAUUUCUCAUAACAAAAGUGUGGUGGAUGAUACCCACUUAGACAAUGUUAGGCCCAGAAAAACUGUCCUUUCUAAACAGGGAAGCAUUGAUCUGCCAAUGCCUUACACAUACAAAGACUCCUUCCAUUUUGACAUCAGAACUUGUGAUGGAAAUAGGAAAAAGAAUCUUUCCCUUUGUUCAGCAAAAUCUACCUUUGCACCCCUAGAAAAAAGUAAGCCCAUGUUUUUUCAUUCAGUCCCCACCCAGUUCUCCACAACAAUAGACACUGUGCCUGUGACACGAAGCAACUCUUUGCCGUUUGUGGAGGGCACAAGAAUGGUCCAUGACAAAGCAGGUUUCUCCAAACCGCUUUCUCUUACUAAGCAGUCUGCAAAUACAGGCACUGCUGGUCUGCUGCCUGGCAACAAUCUUGCUGCAAGUUCAGUGGAUUUUCCUAAUAGCCAUCCCAGAGCUCUAGUCAGACAAACAGCGGUGGAUGAUUUGCCACUAAGUAAUGUGGCUGAUCAUUCUUCCCUGUCAGAAGAGUUGCAAGGGAGUAAAAAGCUUGGGGCUGGAGAAGUAAUCAGUGCUAAAAAUAAGAAACACAAUCAAAGGAAGUUAAAGAUGUUCUCACAAGAAAAGUGGCAGAUGUAUGGAGAUGAAACAUUUAAGAAAAUCUACCAGAAAAUGAAAAGCAGUCAAAAUGCCAAGAAAAUUAAACAAAGGGGGAAUAAGAUUCCAGAUAUUAUAAGCUUCACUCCAGAUUCAAAGGAGUCAGUCAGCAGUACUGAAAUUACUGAGGAAAGAGAUGGCAGGAGCUCUGUAAGUGACAGUCUUUCCUCCCUUGUGGCAACAGGUUUAAACACUGGGAAAUCAGAAACCUGUACUAACGGAAAUCAUUUUCUACAGAAUGUGUCCUCCGAGGAAACCACAGACAGUUUAACCUAUGUAAUGCAGCCAUCGUGUUCAGUAAAUGCUGAUGCACGUACUGUAACCAGCAACAGUUCCCCAGAGCCCAGUGGCAGUGACACAGAUAAAUCCACAGCUGGCAGCAGCACAUUACGAGCUCCAAGCAGUUGUGAGCUCAGGCUUCAAAAUACUUUGUGUCAGCUGAACGCUAACAGAAGGAAUGACGCCUGCUUGCCAGUACAGAGUAGAAAAUGGGAAAACCUGAGCCCUGGGAAAGAAUCCAGUACAUUUGAAUCAGGCUGUAAAAGCACUUCAAACAAUUAUGAAAACCAGAGCAGGAACAAGGAAUCUGGCCAGCAUGCCCUGACACCCUCCUGGGUCCAUUGCAACAGCAGAGAAGUGGCAGGGAAAUCCCAGAAUUUACCAUCAGAAAGAAAAAAGCUGAAAUUUGAAGUGGAGAAGACACAAAACAUUAUUUCAAAUUCCUGUCCUAGUCCCAGUAGUGAAAGCAAUGCUGUAAAUGAAGCAGAGAGAGCCUACUGCACUGUCACUCGGGGGCUUUCCACAGCCCUGGUGAAAUUCUCCAGUAAAGCAGAGGAGCAAAAAUUAAGCACGGGAAAUAAUGAAUCCACUGGAGGUACUGAGAAUGUGGACUAUAUGAAAACAAUCAAACUCCCCCCAAAAGCUCUUGAUUGUAGUGAUGUCAACCUUCUUUCCCAUUCAGCAGGUAUCUCAAAAGCUUCAUUUGUGGGAUUUUUAGGGCCUGAAUUAAGGGGAAGUGAUUGCAAUUCUUUUGCCUUGCACAACGCAACAGAGAAAGAUGUCAAAACAUGUCUUGUGAAAACAGGAGCAAAGGUACCACUUUCCAGUGACAAUGCUGCUGACGUGUCUUCUAAAAUUCAUCAUCUGCAAUCUGGUCACUUAUCUCCAGUCCCACAACAAAAUGCCUUUUCUCCAAAAUAUAUCCUUAAGUUGCCACAAGACAAGGGAGCCUCAGAUUGGUCACUUUUGCUUAGAUCAGAAGAGAAGAUUCCACCGUGCACACCUGUGACAGACACCUUGGCCAACCCCCCCUGCUCCUCCCACAGCGGAUCACCCAGUUCUCAUUCUGAUGAUGUGUUUUGGUCCCCUUUAAAAUCAGAAGUGAGACAAAAGGCCAGCGAAGGAGAGCCAGGACAGAAUGCACACACAAACUGGAAAACUCCAGUAUUUUGUUCACCAGUCAGUUCAGAAAACACGAAUAACUUAGCCACAGCAGAUAACACCUUUUAUAACCAAAACUUCAGGCAGCAGGAUGUUGUAAGAGAUGCUUGGAAAAACAAACAGAACAAAAAUAAAUUAAAUUAUCAGAGGCAAACAGAAGAGAAGUGGAUGAGCAUCACUACUUGCUCUGCACAGACCCCAAAGAAGAAAAUAUGCUUUACUUCUAUGUAUCCGAGCGGUUUUUUCAUAUCAGCUGACAUCAAGGAAGAGAGGAAGGUUUUGCAUCAUCUUUCCUCAGGCAGUGACUCUGUGAUAACGACAUCGGCUUCCAGCAAGGGAGCAGAGCCACGGACGGGGCGGGACAGAGCUGGAGGUCUGUGUGUCCUUAAGGACGCGUUGCCAACGCUGCAGGAUACACAGCAUUCUCGGAGCUUGACAGACAACCCCACUUCAUUUUGCUGUUCUUUUGGCACAUUUUAUUGCCACGCUCUCACCACUCACUGUAAAGAAUUCCCGGUACUACCCCACAGUAAUCUGACUUGCUACUCUAGACAUUUAUCAGUAUCAAGCACAAAGAGCACCUUCCCGUCACUGAAUGCUGAACCCCGCUUAACGUGGUGUUGCUUAACAAGAAGCCUUCCCCUGCCUGCGGAGCAGAGGGGAAGUGCAGACUCCGCUUAUUCCUCCAUGCACCCCUGUGCCAAGGAGUCCAGCAAUGAAUGUGCACUGUCAAAAUAUGAUCUCUCUAUUUUCAAAAUGAAAAAUAUUAGCAAGACUCUGGCAUAUGGCUUAACAAACAGGAGCUUAAGAACAUGGGUUUCAUCCUUUUCUAAAGGACAACAGAUGCAGGAGUUAAGCUCAGCAGCUCCUGGUGGUGCUAUCAAAAAUGUUUCAGAGCAAAAGAAGAAAACAGUCGUUUGCAAAAAGGAAAAACUCUUAACAAAUAAACUCAAGAGAAGCCACAAACAGAAAAAGAUUAAAGUCACCCCCAAAUGGUACAGAGGGAGGCACGUACAGGGAUACACUCAGCUCAAAAUUAACCGACUAAGCAAGCGGCACUGUUUUCCAAAUAGGACACUGGAUGCUUUGAAAAAGGGCUAUUCAUCACAACCCUGUGCAUUGAAUAAGUAUAAGAAGUGCCAUUCUCCUCAAUCAAAGGUACAAGAAAAUUACCUACACCAGCAAAAAGACACAUCUUGUUCCACCUCAGACAAGCCACUCUGCAGAAGGAAAAAAGAAGGAAAGAAUAACUCAGGAAUAUUUUCCCAUACUGAAAAUCUAAACCAUGUUAAGCAAAAAGACAAAAUGGAUAAAAAAGACAUUUCUGGACAAACCAGGGAACAACACACAAGAACAAACUUCUCAUUUCAGAACGUUACAGCUCCUCUGGAAAGACCUAUGACAGCUCAUUCCUUUCCACCCACAGUGAGUCCCACCACUCAGCAAGGCAGCAGUGAUGUGGAAACCUGCUGCUUAGUGACACAACCGCUUGUGCGUCCGCGAUCAGCCCCGGGGGGGCCAGAGCCACAUGUUCACAGUGACUCGAUGGCAUCUUCUUGUUGGCCUUGCCCUUCUAAUUUUACAAAUACAGGCACAGGUGAUCCACUUGACAGCACAAACUCGGAGACUACGGAUCCCCCUUCCUCACAUCUAGAAGCAAGCCAGGAAAACAUCCUACACGUAGAGUCAGAGAGUCAGAGAUUCGGUGCACUGGACCCAGUGAUCCAGGCCUCAUGAACAGAGAAACCUCCAACGGAAGAAAACACAUAUGCAUCUCCAAAAGAAAACUCAACUGCCAAUUCCCAGCCUGGGUGUUCACAUUUAUUAGGAUCAAAAGCAGAGCCUCUUCCUGAGUCAGUCACAAGAGCUAAAUCACCCAGUGCAGAAUACACAGGGCGGGCAACCUUUUCUCAAAAAAUCCUUGACCUUCAUGCAAGUGCAGACAAGAACGGAGCCCACCUGCAGUCACACGGCUCUGCAAGGCCACGCAGAACAGCUGCUGCUACCUUUACAAAGCCCCAAAUUACUCUCAGGUCCUCUGAGUUCCAGUCUUACUCUGCAACACCUUCCAAGACCUACAAAAAGAGAGGUUUAGAGAUGAUGAGGAAGCAAACCAGAGUUGAGUAUGAUGACACUAGCAGUGAUGAUGAAGAUAGGCUUGUUAUAGAAAUAUAGCAGAUAGGCUGCUAACAAGAUGCUUGUACGAUGGCCCAUUAUAGAAGGAAACACCACAGAUGUUUCAUCUGUAUUUCCUAAGCACCUUAAAAAUCAGGAAAGCCAUUCCUCUGUGCAGUUCUCUUCUGAAGACGCUCCUUUAUUUCAAGGACUCAAACUUUUCUAAAAAAAUAGGCUUAUUUGAAGCAAAGAGAGACCUGCCAUCACACAUUUAAGUGCAAGCGGUAAACUUGUAUUUAUGAGGGGUUUCCAGCAUUGUUAACAUUCUUCAGUCUUACAGAAUUCCCACAAGUGCUGCUGCCACCGGUCGUGUUACUAAAAACUGCAGUGUAUUUAUUUACUACUAACAGUACUAUAGCAGCAGCUUCCUCAGUGUGUGAGUCAAGAUCUCCUGGACAGGUAUGGAUGCAUUCUCUUCUAUAUACUCCUCUUUUCUGGCAGUCACUUCCAUCUGUACCGGGAGCGAUACGCUGGCAUUAAGGGGAAGGUCUGUUCCCUAUGUACCUGUGAUAUUGGAGGAGUCUGAAAAAUGCUGAUCUUUUUCCAUGUUGCACAAAUGUCAAUGCUUCUUUGUGACAAAUGACACAAGCGUGCUUUGCUUUGUGAUUUGUGCCUUUAAUGCCAAGAUCUACUCCAAUAUUCUUGAUUUCUAGUUGGAGAAUAUGGGUGUUAGCUAUUGCUAUUUCCUUGUGGUAAAAUUUCUGAUGAGGAUUUUCUCAUUAUAUCCAUCACAUUGUGCUCCGACCGAUAUAAUCUGGAAUGUUUCAGUUUUAUUGUUAUCUUAAAUUUAACUGCAAUUAUGCUAUUUUAUUGAGAGUAAAGAAGCUAUAUGGCAUAGCUUGUUUUCUUUUUUUAUCAAAAAAGUUUUGUGCUAUGAACCCUAAAAUUUACUGGUUUCUAUGUGAAUAAAUUAUUAGAUAUUUCAAUUUGACCAAAUGUAUUCAACUUGCGUGAUUAAACUGAUACACGUUAAAAACAUUCCACUUCUACAUUAUAGUCAGACUCUAUACUUAAACUCCUACUGUUCUUAUAUUGUGAAUAGGGUUUAUGGAUUAACCUCCAUGGGAUAUUCAGAAUCGCUUUUAGCUUAAUCACACACAGGUAAGCUUAUAGAGAUCUUAUGCACAAAGACGCCUAGUAUACUGUGUGAGAAAAUAAAUGUAUAUGCGCCAAAAGAUGCCAAAACAGCAGAGAUCAAACAAGCACCAAUUCCUGUGGAAUUCUUGUGUUCUCAGAUGUCUUACAAACAUGACAACACUUGAGCUCCAUACAGAGCUUCACAUUUAACCUCCAAUUACGUUCUUAAAUUUAUUCAUGGUACAGAAGACAAAAACAAUGAUCAUAAUAUUGCCACAAUUCCUAAUUCUAAUAUGUAAAGAAAAAAAAAUUUAAAAAUCUACUUUUUCAGAAUAGAGACUGAAUAAUGAAAGAUAUUUUUCCCUUUCUAAAAAUUUUACAAUAUUACACUGAUUACACUAAUCAUUGGUGUCAAAACUGCAAGGAAAAAAGUCUAGGAAAAUUAGUUUCAGGAAUUAUGCCUUUUUAUUCUCCCACUUUGCUUCUCAUUUCCCAAGUGCUGGGGUUUUAUAGCAAUAGUAUUAAUCCCAGUCUCUUGGGUUGUGCUCAGAAUUUGCAGCUCAGAAAUAUAGUGAACCGGUCCGUUCCUCUGCUACACUUUGUGCUGGACAUUUGGAACCCUUGGGUUUAUCUGCACACACGACAGAGCGAGAGGAUAAGGUGGUACUGGAGCUCAGCAAACACGGGUGGAUAGCAGAAGAAUUAAUGCAUCAAAACUGGUGGACUGCAAGGCACUGCAAAUUGCCUAUUUUAUUGACUGAGUACCAAAAAUACUGUUUUGGUUAGAAGGAUACAGCUCAAAAAAGGUACAACUGCAGAUUGGUUUUAUAUUAUUAGAUUUUUCUCUUUAUUCUGUUAAAUUAUGUUCAUAAAAAGAAGUCAAGAUGAAAAUAACACUAAUAUUGUGCUAGUUAUUAAGGGUGAUUUCUAGAGUCACUGCAGAGGUGCAAGCCCAAGAACGUCAGUAAUUUUGGAUUGUACAGCGAGUGUACAGGAUCCCUGCCGGCACGGCCUUUCCUGAAUACAAACAUGGACAAACCCCAUGGGCUGCGCGUUUCUCUUCUCACCUGUUGGGAGAAGCUGUCGGCAGGCUAGGAAAGGCUUACCAGAGAGUCUGUACAUAAAUUACAGCUUAAUUUAAAAUAUGUGGCAAUAGUCUUGGUGCAUGAAGUAGUAUUAUAGUUCAAGCGUAUUAACAUCUAAUGAUUUUUAGUUGCAAUUAUGCAACAUUUCUUAGUCUACCUUAAACCUUAGAAGAACUAACAUGCUACUCAGGAAAUUUCUGAGUGAGACUAUGAGCAAGAAAAUUGUUGAUACCAUCACUAAUAUGCCAAGUUUCACUAGGUUUGGUAUUACAAGGACAAGAAAUUGAAAGAAAAAACUGUCUUGAGAUCUUUCUUACUCUGUUCAGUAUUUGUGCUCCAAGACAAACUGGAGGGUUAUUUAGGUGAGUCCCAGGUGCAAAAAACUUAAAUAGUAUGAGUUCAAAGAAGUACAAGAAUAUAAGUCCAGUUUGGGAGAAAAAGAGGAGAAAAAGAGGAAAAGAAGAGGAAAGGGGAGGAGAUGCCAUCAAUAUUGUCACAAUAUUGAAACAUGCAAAAUUGUGGAACUUUUUUUCGGAUGGAAUCACUCAAAGUUACAGCUGGAUUCUGCAUCGGUACAGACAGCAGGAGAAGGAGCAGCUCGGUGCUAUGGAGACACACAAACCACAGUGUCCCCAGCAGGGCUGUGGGGCUGCGCGGCUGCGGUCACUCAGGUACUCGCAUUUGUACGUUCAUUAGAUAAUCAUACUAACAAAAACCACAUACGCUUGGUUUAGAUUCGGAUCUUCUCCCAUGUUCAUUUUCAAACUCCCUAUAUAUCCUUGUUAAUAGUAGUAUGAAUGACAAGAUUUUUUUUUUCAUUUUUAAUCAGAAUUUUCAGUUCUGUGCCAUUCCAUCCAAAAAUUUGGCAAAGUGAAAUUUCAAAUGCCUCCAAGUUCUGCAGUCUCUUAAGAGUGCAUAGUCUUGUAGAGGUAAUGGAAAAUUUCCAUACCUAUUAAAUCUGUCUGAUCCAGCUGUAGAGAAAUGCUUUGACAAGCACCUUCAGAAAGUGCAGUACAUAAAGCUGUUGCAUCAAAUCACACCAGCAGCCUCUGUGACAACUAUAUUCACCUCUUGCUUGUGCAAGAGUUUUAUUAUUCUAAUUUAUGGACAUGUAAAGAAUAUGUUAUAUAAAGCUUUUGCAUAAAGUUUGUGGCUAAAUGAUGUAUUUUAAAGUGAAAUUUCUAGAGCAGUAAUUUAGAAAUAUUCUAAUGACAGACUCAGAAGUGCUGUGCAAAGAAACAUUUAUCCUGUGUAUAUUUUACAGCAUUAAAUAUAGAAUUUUUUUCUCGUAGUGCAGCUGUAGCUGGAAGAAAAAUGGGACAAUUUUAAGUUAGCUGAGAAAUAACAUUUCAAACUCUGUUUCCUGACAGAAGUAAUCCUUGACACUUAGCUCAGUAUACAGCAGAAAAAUUCGAGCUAGUGUUAGAGCUGAAAAUGACAAAAUUGUAGUUCUUUAGAAGCACCAGUAGGUCUAUAGUGGCAUUUUCACCAGGAUCACUAAGAAGGCAGCAGCUCCAGCACAAAUCUUUUUAGCCACAGCAGCCCUUGGAGGGGUAAGCUCUGAAUCACACCCCCCAAUGUGUGAACACUCAGAAAUGUUCUUGGUUUAAGUCAGGGAACUCAAGGAGCUUGCACAUCCACAUCCAACCGCCCGCAUGGCAAACAGUGACUUUUGGCUUUCCAGAAGAUGCUGCAUUCACAGAAGAACAUACAAAGCUGUACAGGCAAAUGAUUCUCUCUCUACCUUUUAGACAGCAAAAGUGUCAGCCAUGCAGUGACGCAUUUAAUCUGCAAGAAGCUGAACAUCAAAGCCACAUGAGGGCACCAGGCACAGGGAAAAAUCUGUGUUUAUUUAUCCUUCAAAGUCAGCAGCAGCUCUGAUGGAUCAUUGCUUUGCUAUAAGCAGAUUUGAAAUCCCUUUGCAUGUGAAUGUAUUUCAUCAACUCUUUCCUCCUUCCAUUGAAGGAAGUAAAUUAAUAAGGAAUGCUGAUCACUGAUGAGAUCUAUAUUCAACACCUAUAUCUACUCAAAGAGACUGCAAAGAAGUGGAUGGUUCAGAUUUCCCCUCUUUAGAUGUGAGCAAAUAUUUGUCUUACUAUUCCAGUCUUUUAUAUUGGAUCUUAUUAAUUGUUGAUACUUCACUGAUGUGCCUGGCAAACUCUAACUCGUACACAAGGGUGGAUGAGAGGGGUGUGAACCUACCAGAGAAAGCCCAGAGGUCACCAGCAAAUAGAAAGAUAUGCCUUGAAUAGAGAAUUUAUGAGCAAAGAUAACAAGAGCUGGGUAGCUAUCAGAUGAGAAAUUAAAGGAAACAUACACAAGAAGAAUGUGGGAAGACUACCACAAUCUUCUGUCUUCCACAUCCAUUCUGGGAGGAUAUGAAAUGAUGGGCUUUAUAUGCAGCACAUAAACUAGAUAUGAAGAAAAGCUUCCUAUUUAAGGAGCAACUAAGCAUGGAACAAAUAACCCGGGGCGGGACAGAAUUUUCAUCACUUGGGAAUUUCAGCAACAGUUUAGGCAAGUAUUUCUUAUUAUAGGUUUGAUACUAUUUAGAGCUGGAACAGACUUUCUCUCCAGCCCUAUUUUUUAUUCAUAAAUUCUAGUUUGUCAACAGCUUCCCCCAAAAGUGCCUAAAAUAUUUAGUACUUAUGUGGCUACAUAUGCACUACUGAUAGACACGUAGAGCUUAUCUAAACACGCUUGGUUUGCAUUACUCGCGAUAUCUGGUUUUGUAUGUUGCCUAUGUUUUAUUUACACGACUAAAUUUGAUCCCAUUCCUGAGUGUUUAGAUUACAAUAAUUUUCAUGUAGUUAAGUAGCUUGGCUAAACCAUUAAUCUUACCUCAAGGAUUUGGUGGAAUUAUGGCUGCAGAUUAAAACUCCUGGCCUGUAUUUUUAAUUUCCAAUCAGCAUUCCACAAAUCAUGUGGAUGGAAAUGUCAAUAUUUUUUAUUACUAUUUUAUUUUUAGGCUUUAAAAUACUGUGAGAUUUUAAUAGCACAUUUAAAGUGUCCUGGUGGAAGCAGAUAAACUUAACGUAGAAGCACAUAAUUAAAAGCUGGGUCUUCCAGGGAACUUCAAUGUCACCACAGUUUGGUUAUAAGCCAUUCUCAAAAAGUCAGUGUGCUUGUUGGCUACUCAUGGCUGUUCUGUAUUUAUGUUAUGUUUGAGUUUAGCAGAACUACCAGAGCCAGUUAAACAAGGGAUGGACUCAGCUGAACAUGUUUGCAGUGCAAAGUAGUCAAAGCGGAUUCUUGUGCCAUGGGUGUAUAGACUAUUUUGGCUUUAAAAAAAUGCUACAUAACUCUCAUUAUCAGUUCCUAAUGAUUGUUAGGGGCAGACAAGGUGAUUCUAACACAGUCAAUUAACUAAUCCAUAAUCCAGUUUUUAAGCAUGACAGGUUUCAUUUUUACGCAUUUGUAGCAUGUUUUUGUUUCACUGAUGAACAAAACAAGCAAUUCUAAGUACAACGGUGGAUAUAACGUUACAAGUACGUACUUAAUCCAGCACUGAUAAGCCGUGUUUCAGAGUGAGCUAGUUCAGAUACAUCACUCCGAUUCUUUCCGAAGAUUCUCCUGCCACUAACAAGAUGAGCGAUUGGCCGAAAGCCAUGGGGGCUGUUUCAUAAGCUGUGGUCUGGCUUUCCAGAUGUCUCUGAACGCUGCCCAGGUUCAGCAGAGCUGCUGCUGAGGUCAUUCUGGACAAAGUCCCGUACAGGGUCAGGCUUCAGUGUAUCUUUGUGAAUCACACUUAACCUCUGCAAAGCAAUGCCCGUUAUACUUCACAGAGGUGUUCACAGCGCAAAGUUAAGGUCACGUCAACACCCCCCUCACUCUUUUUACAGUGAUAGAGCUACAGUCAGUAUUUAUAUCUAAAAACCUUUCUAUGAUUUAUCAUCCUUUAUUAUGCACAUAAUAUUCAGAUUUUUCUUGGAAACAUCCUUCUCAUUUCACAGUACAUUCCCACACAAAGUUUUUUGUCUCAAAUACACAGUUGGGAGCACAACAGGGUCAUUCAGAUGAGCUGCUGUUGUCCCCCCUGCUCUGUAAAAAGAAGCCACUACAGAAACUUUCUCCUCUCCAUCCAAAUGGUCAGUGCAAAAAGGAAAGAACAUUUCUGUCCAUAGCAUGCUCUAGCAGCAGUCUAGGUUAGCAACUAAAUAGGGAAAAGGGGGCCAGGGUUGUUCCUACCUAUGUCAGGAAACCACAGUCUGAGAAGAGCAAAACUGCGCUGGCAAACUAAGGCAGGGCUGCUCCAGCGAGCUCCAGCCCCCAAACCUGUACGUACAAAUGCAAUUACGAGAUUGGCGCAGCCAGAUAGCGACGUGCACACACACGUUUCUGUCUGUUGGCUGGAAGGAGGAACAGGGAAAAUUACACCUCUUUAAAAAGUAAUUCGACCAUUAACUGUACAAUUCCUCUUAAUGUUCCCAUUGCUUCCAGAGAAUAAUUUGCAUUGAGGUCCUCAGGUGGAAGGCAAUCCAGGCAUGAAACACAUCCCCACGGCCUUGGCAGCCCAUGAGUGGUUUUUAUUCCAACCCAUCCCUCUUAUGAAGACAUUUUGCAUAACUUUGUUGAUUCUGCUUAUGGGUUCUACUAGCUCUAAAUGCAGCAAAUGUUCAAAAGGGAAAUGAUACAGAGGUCUCAGACCUCCAAUCUCUAAUUGUCCAGAAGCAAGAAAGUAAAUAAAUAAAGCACAAAAAAGCUGUCUCAUCCUGUCUAAUAUUAUAAAGCUUAAGAGAUUAUAUUAAAAGGAUUUACCAACUUUGAUUUAAAAAUAAGAACAAAAGCAAAAUGGUUAUUAUUACAUAUUUGAUAUGAAAAACACAACCCCAUUUUUUUAUUUGUACCAGAUGUGGGCAGGCAGAUAUGAACAGUUGGACAAUAUUCAGAGAAGUGGAAUUAGGGAAAUAUCCAUAAUUAAUAACAUGCCUGCGGAAACAUGUUCUGUGCUUCAAAAAGAAUUCAGGUGCUAUCGGAACUGGGAGAACCUCCUUACCCUGAAGAUGUUGACAAACUUGAAGAAAUUCCAAGCAGGGGAAAAAAACCCCUGAUUGGGGAAACAGAUUACUUGUGCAGAAGAUUAAAGGAAACGGUCCCUGCUCUCAAUUACACCAAUGUGGUCCAAUAAAAUUCAGUGACAAUACAUCAAUAUUACCAGGAGAAAAGCUUGACUAAAACGUAUGUACGAAGAAUUAGUUUAGAUAUGCUCAGAGGAAAAUCCCUUUAGGAAGGAAAGGAAUUGGUAAAAUAUUUUAGGGAAAUGAUAGGUCAUGUAAUAAGAUUUAAACUGGAAAGGAAGGAAAUACAGCCAGAGAAUGUUCCACUGCAGUCACAGCUACUAAACACCUCUGCUGGGAUAUUGAACGUGAAUCCACAACACACAGCACAAAAUCAUCAUACACAGGAGGUCGCUAGAGAAUGCAGCCACACUGUUCUUCCCUUAAACACCCCUGUCAUUCAUAGAACCAGACACAAUGGCUGCAUUCAUUGUUUCUAUGCCUACAUCCAUUAUUUCUCUCCAUCUUAAUUCUCAUAGUAGUGACUAAUGCAUUAUGAAAAUUUAUGCAAGCUGGAUCAGUUACUAAAAUAUAAUUGCAUUGCCCUUAUGUGCUUAGUCUACCAGAUGUUCCAUUUUGUACUCAUCAGGAACACACUGUGUAAGGAGAGUUCUCAACAACCACCAAAAAAAAGAAAAAGUCACCGUUCUUGGUUUAAUUACAAUAACACCACUGGAAAAAAAAAAGGGAGCAGAAGGGGAGCAAUCUUACUACUUAUCUUUGCCUCCUGGAUAAGCAAGAAACAGCUUCUAAGAUCUGAAAAUGUACCUGUUUGCUGGUAAUUUGCUUUUGAAAGGAACAGCAAUGCUUGCCAAUAUUUCCAUUUACUAAUCACCAGACAGAGAUUCAGAGCAUGUGAACUUAUGCCCAAAAUGCAUGAAAAUUCUGCAAGUGGGAAUCCAGAUAGAAAUAUAGAAGGCAGAAAAAUGUUUGCAACAUUCAUAUUACUAUCGUACUCAGGGUUAAUAAUUGGAAAUUUAGCCUUGUUGUUAAAAGUACCCUGGCAGCAAUCACUUAAACCUAUAGUUCUCGAUUAAAACUAUCUGCCAAAUCUCUGGGAUCAGUCAGUCACAGCUCAGACGCCGCUGACACCAUUUUUUGUGUCCACCUACUAUUUCACCUCUCUGCAUUAACAUCCCAAGUUGGACACAAGGGUGCCAUGGGAGACCAUGUCAAA